AUGCCGAUUUCGUACGACAAAUGGGACAGGCUGGAGGUAUCGGACGACAGUGACGUCGAGGUCCAUCCCAAUGUCGAUACCAAGAGUUUUAUUCGAGCAAAGCAACGGCAGAUCCACGAACAACGAGCCCAAAGGAAGCAUGAGAUUGAAACGCUCAAAUAUGAACGCAUCAUCAACGACGGCCUCCUGGAGCGGAUCAACGCCCUGCUGGACGCGCUGAAGAAACACCAGGCAGACGCAAGCACCAAGAAUCCCGACGAGCUCGUGUUCCAAUCUUUGAUCGAGAGUGCAGGAGAUCCCGCCAAAGAUGAGCCCCCGAAACCACCUGAGGGCGUCUAUACGCAUCAGCAGGAACAACCUCGCUAUUCCAAGAUGAUGGGUGCGUUGGUGGACCAGGUAAAGAAGGAGGUGGACGAAAAGAAUUCCACAGACCGCUACAAGGACUUCAUUGAGGGGGUGAAUGGUCAUCUUACCAAGGUUCAGAAGCUACAGCAGGACUUAUUACAGAGGCUUGCGCAGCUGGAAAAGGAAGCACAUGCAAAGAUAACAAGUGAAGACAUCCAUGUGGGAUUCGACUCGUCCUUUAUCAAUAAACCCAAGCCCAAGCCAUCCUCUGAAAAAUCGAAGAAGAAAGAGAAGACCACAACGGAAAGCGUAGAGCUGCUCAACGCACCAAAAGGGCUCAGCUCUCAGUCGCGCGAUGCAUUGAAGUCUCCUGACGGGGCGAUCUCUUCCGGGGCAGAGGCUGAUGUUGAGGAUGAUGCCCUGCUCGAGAAGGGCAAGGGUCAAGACGAGGAAGAUGACGAAGAAGACGAGACCAGUCUCAAGCUCACACCGGAGGGCCAGGGAUUUGCGAAGAUCAAGCUAGGAGACUACCGCGCAUGCCUCCAAUACAUAUCUGAACAUCCGGAAAUUGUCAAUGAGCGCACCCAAGAUGCACUCAUGAUUGAAGCUUUCAAUGCACAGAUGAAAGGUCAAGAUGCCUACGCUAAGCAAUGUGUGCACCAGAGUCUGCUGAUCCAGUACUGUCGUCAACUGGGCAGAGAUGGUGUCGGUGUGUUUUUCAAGCGCAUCACUACCAAAGGCCACCAAGCGCAGGAGGUCUUCAACAAGGACCUGGCAGAGACUUAUGGCAGAAUCAAAACUCGCGCUGCAGAGUUGAGCAAAGAAGAAGGGAAUGACCCGGCAGGAGUGGAACAAAUCCAGCUGCAUGCGGUCGAGCCGGGAACAGAGAUCCACAUCAAUGUGCCGCAAGCUGGGUCGGAUGAUCCUGUCGAGCAGCAAGCGCGGGAGAUCUUCGAUCGAUUCCCACCUGGUUUGCAGCGAGCUCUGGAAAGUGGCAGCCUUGAUGAGGUGAACAAGGUACUUGGGAAGAUGAGUGUGGAUGAAGCUGAGGAGAUUGUCGAGCUCCUGGGCCAAGGCGGAAUGCUCAGUCUCCAGGAAGGGGUGAUUGAUGCGACCAAUGAAGAAGGCCAGAAGCGGUUGAAGGAGAUUGAGGAAGAGGAGAGACGAAAGAAGGCUGAGAAAGGCAAAGAAGUUGAAGCGGAAGGUGAAGGUGAAGGUGUAGGGGAGCCUGGUGAGGCUGUUGAGGCUUAG